UUCUCGGAGUUUACUUAUUCCAUCAUGAUUGGAAGCAAUGUGGAAAAUGAAGAAGCAAAGCCAUUGGGAAGAUGGUCUGUUUUAGCAUAUGGUGUAGGGCAUGUGCUUAAUGAUAUAACAUCAACCUAUUGGUACACUUAUCUCUUGCUCUAUUUGACCAGUAUUGGAAUGCCUCCAAAACAAGUUGCAGCACUUGCAAUUACAGGGCAAUUCACCGAUGCAACGAUGACCAUAAUUGCUGGAGAACUGAUAGACAGAUUUGGACAUUUCAAAAUAUGGCAUGCUGUGGGGACUGUUCUUGUCUCUGCUGCAUUUUCUUCGUUUUAUUGGGGCGUUUGCGUUCCUUGCAAAAUUAUUGGGAUCGAUACGCCUCUUGUGCAAAUGAUUGGAUAUUAUAUGUUUGAUAUACUCUUCAGUGGUGGAUGGUCUUGUACUCAAGUAUCACAUAUGGCAAUGGUGAAUGGCCUUACCCUGGAUCAAACAAGCAGAGUGGCAUGUGUCAGCUGCCGUAAUGCUUUUACAAUGGUCGCAAGCCUAAUCGUAUAUGGAAUUGGAUUUUUCAUCUUCAAUUCAUCCGUGAAACAAGUUGAAAUCAAGGAGCAGUACCACUUGUUGGCAACUAUCACAGUAUUGAUCGGAUGCUUCUUUGUAAUUUUAUUUCAUCUUGGAACUAAAGAGCCUAGGGUGAAACACGUAUCUCACAAGACAAAUCCUUGUGGUUCUUCUUGGAAGCGAUGGUUGAAAAAUGGCCUAUAUUAUAGAGUAGCUAGCAUUUAUGUGUUAACUAGAGCUGUAACGAAUAUAUCACAGGUGUUUCUUGCUCUCUAUGUAAUUAGUGAUCUACACAUGAGCCAAUCUUCCAAGGCUUUGGUUCCUGCCAUCAUCUAUUUGUGCAGCUUCAUUACAUCUAUCUUGCUCCAGGAACUCCAAUGGAGCAGUCACAGGUUGAAGGCCAUCUUUUCAGUAGGAGGCUUCCUGUGGCUAUUUUGUAGUGCAGUAGUACUCUCCCUACCGAUUAACAUGAACGUUUUUAUGUACAUCUUGUCCGUGGUUAUUGGAAUAGCCAAUGCCUUCAUGAUGGUAACUUCAGUAGGCAUGGAAAGUGAGCUAGUUGAUAAAGAAGUUGAGGGAUCUGCUUUCGUUUAUGGAUCAUUAGGCUUUGUGGAGAAAGUAUUGUGUGGGGUAAUGCUGUACAUUCUAGAAUCAUACGAAAGUGUAACACCAGCAGCGUGCAAUCCAGCAUAUCCUUGUUUCACAGUAACGCGAUUUUCAUUGGGAUUCAUUCCGGGAGUUGCUGCAUUAGCUGGAGUCAUAGUUACAUGUUUUACAAAGUUCAGAACUUCACAUCCAGACCCUUUGGCAGAACCUUUGUUGGAAUAG